AUGGGAGGGAAUAACGGACGACGCUUUUAUCUUAUCCGUCGUGCGAGAUGGCUUUCAUAUCGAUAUAGAGGCCCUCCCGCACGGCGUGAUUCGAUCCGCACCGCCGACCGUUUCCCUUCUUCAUCAGCAGCAUAUCAAAGCAGAAAUCGACGUGCUGCUGGAGAAGGAGGCGAUAGAGAGAGUACCGGACAGUCCACAUCUCUGUCUCUCUCCUAUCUUCGUCAUUCCCAAGCGCUCGGGAAAAUUACGGAUGAUUCUGAACAUGAAAAGAAUCAACGAAUUCAUCCAGCCAGACCAUUUCAGAAUGGAAACACUAGCAUCCAUUCUGCCGUCUCUGCAGGCAUCGGAUUGGGCCGCCUCCCUAGAUCUCAGGGACGCCUACUUCCAUAUUCCAAUUCAUCCCGCAUCACGGGACCUAUUGGGUUUUCGCUUCAACGGAGCGACUUACAGGUACCGGGCAAUGCCCUUCGGCUUACGCCCGGCACCCAGGGUCUUCACCCGGGUGGUCACAGCAGUGGCCGCCCACCUAAGAGAACGGGGGCUCAGACUCUUCGUUUAUCUAGACGAUUGGCUGUUGGUUGCAAGUUCAAAGGCCAGACUUCUGUCCCACUUGUCCCUCCUCCUGCGGAUCACCCAGGAGUUGGGAUUCGUAGUCAACUGGGAGAAAUCGGACCUAUCACCUUCCCGCGUACCCACAUACUUGGGCGCGGUUCUAGACUUGCCAAACCAGAUCGCUCGGCCAAGCCCCGACAGAGUUCGGGCAAUCGUCGCUCUGGCCCGCUCUCUCAGAGAGCGAAGCUUCGUGAAGGCUCGCACGUGGCUGAGAUUACUCGGGUUCAUGGCAAGUCUUGUCGACAUUCUACAAGAUUGUCGCCUGCUUAUGAGACCCUUUCAGAGAUACCUCCUGUACUAUUACAGACCGAGCGUAGACUCUCUGCUUCUUCGGAUCCCCUUAUCACGGGAGAUCCGUCUCAGCUUGGCCGCCUGGACACAUACGUCCUUUGUAGCGAGGGGCAAACCCUUUCGCACUCCCCUCCCAUCAGCCGCUCUGACCACAGAUGCGUCGCUUACGGGAUGGGGCGGCCAUUGUGCGGGGGAGAUGGUCUCGGGGGUCUGGUUACCUCAACGCACCUUACCUCAUAUCAAUGUGUUGGAGAUGAGGGCUGUCAUCAAUUCCCUUCAGCAUUUCCGACACAGGUUAGUCGAUCGAACGGUUUUGAUUCGCACAGACAACAAGUCAGUUGCAGCGUACAUCAAUCGCCAAGGCGGCACCCGAUCAAGCUCUCUCAACGCCCUAGCUGCGGAGCUCUGGGAGUGGUGCCACCGUGCGAAGAUCGUUCCAGUUGCCUCGUAUAUACCAGGCAGCGACAACCUGAUAGCCGAUUUUCUGUCCCGGGGCCGGUGCCUACCAUCCGAAUGGUCGCUCCACCCGGAGAUAUUUCAGUCUAUCCAAGUCCACUGGGGACCCCUGGAAAUAGACUUGUUUGCCACGGCUCUCAACCGGAAGCUGCCGAUGUUCUGCUCUCGUGUCAACGAAACAGAAGCAACUUCCCUGGAUGCAUUCUCCAUUCAUUGGGGGGAUCGGAGGUGUUAUGCGUUUCCUCCGUUCCACCUAAUACCGCAGGUAUUGAGGAAAGUGAAGGAAGAUCAAGCUUGGCUUCUUCUAGUGGCCCCCAAUUGGCCAAGGAGGCACUGGUUCCCGCAACUCCUCGAACUGUUGGAGGGGGACCCGCUCACACUUCCUCUGAGAUCAGACAUAGUAUCUCAACCUCUGUCGGGGAUCACGCAUCCUCGGCCAGCGGUCCUCCACUUAACCGCAUGGCUGUUAUCGGGCAAGACGCGAAAGCUCUAGGCCUUUCUGAUCGUGCCUCUCAAUUGGUAAUACAGAGUCGCAGAAACUCGACUCUUGACCUUUACAAUUCUCGGCUGGGCCGAUUUGCAGAUUGGUGCACUGCGCGGUCUGUUGACCCUCGCAACGCCUCUCUUGCCGCGAUCGCGGAUUUCUUUGUUCACCUUUUCGACAUCGGUCGUUCGCUUUCCACCAUCAGGGGUUUCCGGUCGGCUAUUGCUGCGUUUCAUUCCGGAUUCCCAGAUGGCUCUAACGUCUCAAAUUCCAGUCUACUCUCUAGACUGAUGAGAGCGUUUUUCUUAAAGCGACCGCCGAAGAAAAGACUGACUCCUUCCUGGAGUCUUCCGGCUGUGCUUAACGCUCUGGCUAAGCCUCCGUUUGAGCCUCUAGCAAAGAGCUCCUUGCAUGAUUUGUCUAUCAAAACUGCCUUCUUAAUUGCUGUAGCAUCUGGUCAAAGACGCAGCUCUAUUCACGCUUUGACUACUUCCCCCGGUCACAUCCGGUGGGAACGGCGUGGAGUCCGCUUGAUUCCCACACCGUCUUUUAUUGCCAAGAACCAGACUGCCACCUCUGGUUCGAUCGAGUUCUUCCUAGCUCCCCUAUCAGAUCUUUCCUCGGUUACUGAGGACAAAGUCUGGUGCCCGGUCAGGGCCUUGAAAUGGUACCUUGAUAGAACUAAGACACUUCGCAACUCUGACCAGUUGUUUGUCACGUCGCGCGAGCCGUUUGCGGCAGCGUCACGAGACACCAUCUCCCGCUGGAUCGUUGAAGCGAUCAAAUCGGCUGGUGAUGAUGCUCUCCUUUCAGACACUAGGCCGAGAGCCCAUGACACUCGUAGUAUCGCUACUUCUUGGGCUCUCUUCAAUGGCGUCGCCUUGGACGACAUUCUAAGAGCCGCCUUUUGGCGCUCUUCCAAUUCUUUUACAUCCUUUUAUCUAAAGGACAUUCCUUCGGGAGAGGCCUUAUUUGCCUCCUCUGCUCUUAGGGCAGCGGCCCCUGUGUCUUAA